AUGAGAGAACCGCACAUAUUUGCCGAUAACCCGCUGAACCGGGGUGAGGUGGAACGCCGGGACGAAGAAUGGAUCAACGUUCAGGCAGUUGACGCCCGCAGCAAGUUCCUGCCGUUUCGGAAUCUGAACGUAUUAUUGACCGACGACGUGCCCCCGGAGCUGGGUUGGGUCCGCACUCAGCAGAUUCAACCGCUGCCGCCGGAUGCGGAGUGGAUCUUCCUGGGUUUGCUGGAUGACGUGGCGCACUUCGCCGUUGAUCUGUCCAGGUCUGAGUCCGACGCCGACCGGGUGCAGGAUGCCACGGGCUGGCAUUUCGAGGACUGCCGGACGGCCGGCGAAUCGAUGUCGGGUCCCAACACUGGGAUGCUGUCUCAGGCCCGCGCCCAACUGGACUGGAACCUGCGGCACGGCUUCUGCUCGAUUUGCGGACAUGCCACCAACAAGGGGCGCGGCGGUCAGGUGCGCCAGUGUCCAGGCUGCAACGCCAGCCACUUCCCCCGCACCGAUCCGGUUAUCAUCACGGUGGUGGUGGACGUGGCGCGCGACCGGUGCCUGCUGGGGCAGUCUCGCGGGCGUCUGGCACGGUUGCGGACGUACUCGGCGCUGGCCGGCUUUAUGGAUCAGGGCGAGUGCAUCGAGGAAGCGGUGGCGCGGGAAGUGAUGGAAGAAGCCGGCAUUCGGGUCAAGAACGUGCGUUAUCACUCGUCGCAACCGUGGCCGUUUCCGUCAUCCCUGAUGAUCGGUUGCAUCGCCGAAGCCGACACCACGGACAUCAACAUGGACGACGUGGAGAUGACCGACGUGAAGUGGUUUGAUCGCGCGGAGGUGUUGAAGGCUCUGGACGGUGAGAGCGACCAGCUGACGGUGCCCGGCCGGAUCGCCAUCGCCCACCACCUGAUCAAAUCCUGGGCGAACGGAGAGGAGUUUUAG